AUGAACGAAUAUGCCAAACAACUUUUUUCAAACCAGCCCAUCAUAAUAGACAAUGGGAGUGGGUAUAUAAAAUCGGGGUUCGCGGGGGAUGAUGUGCCGAACCUUGUGUUUCCUUCUUACGUGGGGAGGCCCAAGUACAAGCGGGUCAUGGCCGGAGCGGUGGAGGGCAACAUCUUCGUGGGGAACAAGGCGGAGGAGUACAGAGGCCUCCUCAAGGUGACCUACCCCAUCAACCACGGCAUUAUUGAAAAUUGGAACGACAUGGAAAAUAUUUGGAUCCACGUCUACAACUCGAUGAAGAUAAACUCGGAGGAGCACCCCGUGCUGCUGACCGAGGCCCCGCUGAACCCCCAGAAGAACAAGGAAAAAAUCGCGGAAGUCUUUUUCGAGUCUUUCAAUGUGCCUGCGCUGUUCAUCUCCAUCCAGGCCAUUUUAUCUUUGUACUCCUGCGGGAAGACCAACGGCACGGUGCUCGAUUGCGGGGACGGCGUAUGCCACUGUGUGUCCAUUUAUGAAGGCUACAGCAUAACCAACACGAUAACCCGGACGGACGUCGCGGGCCGAGACAUCACGACCUACCUGGGCUACCUGUUAAGGAAAAACGGCCACCUGUUCAACACCUCAGCCGAAAUGGAAGUUGUAAAAAAUAUGAAGGAGAACUGCUGCUACGUCUCUUUCAACAUGAACAAGGAGAAAAACUCAUCGGAGAAGGCCCUCACGACUUUGCCGUAUAUCCUGCCGGACGGGUCGCAAAUACUGAUCGGCUCGGAGAGGUACAGGGCCCCCGAGGUUCUCUUCAACCCCUCCAUCCUUGGGCUGGAAUAUUUGGGCCUGUCGGAACUUAUCGUUACGUCCAUAACGCGAGCGGACAUGGACCUACGACGGACACUAUACUCCCACAUCGUGUUGUCUGGCGGCACGACCAUGUUUCACGGAUUUGGUGAUCGGUUACUGAACGAAAUAAGGAAGUUCGCCCCAAAGGAUAUUACGAUUCGCAUUAGCGCCCCUCCUGAGCGCAAGUUCAGCACGUUCAUCGGGGGAUCCAUUCUGGCCUCUUUGGCCACCUUUAAGAAGAUAUGGAUUUCGAAGCAGGAAUUUGACGAAUACGGCUCUGUGAUACUCCACAGGAAGACCUUUUGA